GAAACACACGGGAUCAUUAGCUUUCCUGUUAGAAAGUAGUUCCAAGAAGGUUCUGGUUUCUAGGAUUAUAUAUGUGAUCGUUUGGAGUAAACAUGUUAUCUGAUCAGCUCCAGAUAGAGAUCAGCAACGAGCAGUUAACUCCUGCCGAAGAAAAAUGCACUGAGGUUAAAGAAAUGAUCGUCAAGUCCGAAAAGGAGGUGAAUGGUCAAUGCAGACUGAUGGUGGAUUUUAGCCCGACUCCUUCGAUCAUCUUCGACCAAAAAGAACUGCCACAAUAUUAUGUGUUUAAAGAGGAAAAGGAUCCCACUGAGCUCAGCCUCCAGGAGGAGAAAUCCACCAUAGUUAAAGAGGAACCAGAACCUCUGGAGAUAAAACAAGAGCAAGAAGAACUAGAACAUCUACAGAUCAAGGAGGAAGAGGAGCAACUCUGCAUCAGUCAAGAUGAAGAGAAGUUUGUGUUGAAAGAAGAGACUGAUAGCACUUUGGUCAUUUCUAAUGUGAAAAGUUAUUAUUAUGAAACAGAACCAAACAGGAGCCAGCUCAUCUGUCAGCAAUCCCCUGAUGUUGAGAACCAGGAUCAGGAACAUGGCAACUCUGAAGACCAAGAAAAAAUCAGACAUGAAGAGAAGAAAAAAGAGAAGAGAUGCCAGAAAACCAGACAGCAGAAAGGCACUGGUGACAGUUUGGAGGAAAAAACACACAACAAAGCUAACCCAGACAAAAAGAAAUAUUUUUAUGAAAUGUUUGAUGAGAUAUUUUCCAAAAGCAAUCACCUGAAUACCCACAUGAGAACUCACUCAUAUGAGGGACCUUUUCCAUGUACAACCUGUGGUAAGAAUUACAGUGAAAGAAUUAGUUUAAUCGAUCAUAUGAAAGUGCACACAUGUAAGAAACCUUUCAAAUGUGACAAAUGUGAAAAACGCUUCAUUAGUAAAAGCAAUUUAUCACGUCAUAUAAGAACUCACACAGGCGAGAGGCCUCUUUUUUCUUGUACAAUGUGUGGAAAGGCAUACACUGAAAGAAGUGGCUUGGCUUAUCACAUCAAAAUGCACACAGUUGGAAAACCUUUCAAAUGUGAUUAUUGUAACAAGAAUUUUAGUCGUAAAAGCAAUUUAGCACGUCAUAUAAGAACUCACACAGGCGAGAGACCUUUUUCAUGUACAAUGUGUGAAAAAGCAUACACUGAGAGAAGUGGUUUAACUUAUCACAUGAUAACUCACAAAGGUGAGAAGCCUUUCACGUGUGCUACUUGUGAAAAAAGGUUCAGUCAUAAAAGACUUUUAGAAGUUCACAUGAGAACUCACACAGGUGAGAAGCCUUAGGUUGCAUUACCUGUAGAAAAGGUUUCUGUUGUAAAAGCCUAUUUAUUGAUCGUAUGAGAAGUCACACAUGAGAAAAGCAUUUUUCAUGUAUGUCCUGUGAUAGAAGUUUUAUAAAAAGAUUUG